AAAAACACCAAACCACAAAAACCCGUCUUGUGAAAACCGUGUGUGCCAGUCUAAAAGCGGCAGGCCGUGCGGGAGGAGAGCCUGCUCACGUGUUAGCCGCCAGGGUAUGGGGAUCACGACUGGGUCUGCACUGAGGCAGGACUUGCAGCAUGUCCCGGGCCCGGGGGCAUGGGGGACAAGGCAAGAGAGGCCCCUGAAGGAGGGUGGACUCCACGCAGGCUGGGAGCCUGUCAGGAAUGACUGUCUCCCUUGGAGGAGAUGUUUGAAACAGUCUGGCUUCCCGGAUGCAAAUCACACCCGCUGUCACCACCACAUCACUGGCGUCUUCCUCCCGAAAACCCAAGGUCUGACCUCUAUCCUGGGUCCACUCGGGAGCUGGGGAAGCACCUGUACCUGCAUCCUGAGUCCCCUUGUCCCCAGCUAACACCCACUCACACUCACCAGUGUGUUCACACCUUUUGGGACCUCCCCUAACCCAGCCUCAAACUCUGACUCUGUUGCUAGUUUCAGCCUGCCACUCAAGGUAAGAAGUAGGAAGGACCUGACAGGAGAUCCUCAGACGUUCUUGGAGGAAACUGAGUCCUGGUCUGGCCCAGGUUUGAAAAAAGAAGUCCUCAGAAGUUUCAGGCUGGACAGGAGAGCUCCUUGAGUGAGCUUGACAGGCCUGGGCUACUUCUCCUGCCCAAACUCUACAUGACUAUCACCUUUGACCAGAACACAGAGGAUGCUCAGGUCAUUCGGCCAGAUCGUUGGGAGAUCUGUGGAUGGCCAGGCAGGCCACUCAUAGACCUACAGACAGAGACCACAGAGGCCACCCCAAGAGGCCCUCGUGGAGCACACCUGUUGCCAAACCCUGUGGGGAAAGACAAAAGAGGGAGGACAAGACACAGCUCAAUGCACAAGAGCCCAGUGGACUCCGGUUGUGAAAGCAAGGCAGAGGAAUCUAGGGAGGCUUUGUCGGUGGUGAGCGACGACCAGUCCCUCUUCGACUCCGCGUACGGAGCGGCGGCCCACCUCCCCAAGGCCGACAUGACCGCCUCCGGGAGCCCCGACUACGGCCAGCCCCACAAGAUCAACCCCCUCCCCCCACAGCAGGAGUGGAUGAACCAGCCGGUGAGGGUCAACGUCAAGCGCGAGUACGACCACAUGAACGGGUCCAGGGAGUCUCCGGUGGACUGCAGCGUCAGCAAAUGCGGCAAGCUCGUGGGCGGAGGCGAGUCCAACACCAUGAGCUACAACAGCUACAUGGACGAGAAGAACGGCCCCCCUCCCCCCAACAUGACCACCAACGAGAGGAGGGUCAUCGUCCCUGCAGACCCCACGCUGUGGACACAGGAGCAUGUGCGGCAGUGGCUGGAGUGGGCGAUAAAGGAGUACGGCUUGAUGGAGAUCGACACGUCUUUCUUUCAGAAUAUGGACGGCAAGGAACUGUGUAAACUGAACAAGGAGGACUUCCUCCGAGCCACCUCCCUCUACAACACGGAAGUGCUAUUGUCACAUCUCACCUACCUCAGGGAAAGUUCACUGUUGGCCUAUAACACAACCUCCCACACGGACCCGUCCUCACGGCUGAACGUCAAGGAAGGUCCCCCUCUUGCUGGAGCACAAACGAUGAGUAAGAAUACUGAGCAGCGGCCCCAACCAGAUCCAUAUCAGAUCCUGGGCCCAACCAGCAGUCGCCUAGCCAAUCCUGGGAGCGGGCAGAUCCAGCUGUGGCAGUUCCUCCUGGAGUUGCUCUCGGACAGCGCCAACGCCAGCUGCAUCACCUGGGAGGGGACCAACGGAGAGUUCAAAAUGACGGACCCCGAUGAGGUGGCCCGGCGCUGGGGGGAGCGCAAGAGCAAACCCAACAUGAAUUAUGACAAGCUGAGCCGGGCCCUCCGAUACUACUACGAUAAAAACAUUAUGACCAAAGUGCAUGGCAAGAGGUAUGCCUACAAAUUUGACUUCCACGGCAUCGCCCAGGCUCUGCAGCCGCAUCCCACUGAGUCGUCCAUGUACAAGUACCCUUCCGACAUCUCCUACGUGCCUUCCUACCACACCCACCAACAGAAGGUGAACUUUGUCCCUCCCCACCCGUCCUCCAUGCCCGUCACGUCCUCCAGCUUCUUCGGAGCGGCGUCACAAUACUGGACCUCCCCCACGGGGGGCAUCUACCCCAACCCCAACGUCCCCCGCCAUCCCAACACCCACGUGCCCUCACACUUAGGCAGUUACUACUAGACGCUUCCUCAUCGGUGGCCUUCUCGCUGAAGCCCCCUCCCUUACACCUCCCUUUGGACUUACGUGGCCUUGGAAAGAAAACAAAACUGGAUGCUCUUUCUUGUUGGAUAGAACUUUUGUACCUGUUCUUUAAAAACAACUCUUCUUCUUUUUUUUUUUUUUUAACAUUGGUAACUCCUGCUUUUCUCUACCUUGAACAAAGAGGUGGAUAAUUCCAUGGGCCAGUAUGCCAGUUUGGAGUCCCAAUCUCCUGUCAACCUAUGAGUUGAAUAUUUAGAUUACUGGAAUGGUUGUGUCAUGGUUCUGGGAAAGAAACUGUAUGUAGAUUUAUAUUUUUAGGACCAAAAACAGUUUCUUACAGACACACGGGUCUCAUCUUGAACCUUGAAGGGUUCAGUAGGAUAAAGAAUCAUGGACUUAACCAGUUAUGCUCUGGUUUGAGGCUUAGUGAACUAGAGGCAGGAAGCUUAUCAUCUUAUCUUAGGAAGACCUAACUCAGUGGAGGGCAACUGGAACAUUGGUUGUAAGGCCAGUGAAGUUUUCACCCAACUGGAAUUUAACAGAAAGAAACAAGUGUGUAUUUAAGAAGCCACGGGCAUUGCAGAAUCCCUCUCAGUGGGCAGUAAAUAUGCGCUAGGCUGACCAUUCUGUCUAGAAGUAGUCAAAAUAUGAACUAAGAGAUGUUAAUGCAAAUACAGACAUUCCUGAAAAGCCAGAGAAGUAAAUAACUGAAAAAAACCAUAAUGACAAUGGGUCCCAGUACUUUGAAAAGUCCUAGGGAUUUCUAAACACAAACAGAUUCGCAAGUGCUGUGCGCUUGUCAGACGAUCAGUCCAGGGUCCACCAACCACAAGAAAACUUACUGUAUAAAUUAUGCAGAGUUAUUUUCCUAUAUCUCACAGUAUUAAAAGUAAAUAAUUAAAAAGUGAAAAAGAGUAAAGAAACGAGUUGACCUCGGUCACAGAUACAGUGUUCUUAUCAAAUCAGUCGUUAUUUUUUUUAAAUGUAAUUUGUACAUCUUUUUGUCAAUCUGUACAUUUGGGCUGCUUGUACGUUUUUAUAGCUGGUUUUUAAAAAAGCAUAAUGUGACUUGUUGCAGAAAAGAGAACAGGACUUUGAAGUCACUGACUUACCUGAAAGAGAAUCACUGUAAUUAUUUAACAAAUGAGCAGAAGCGAGUCAAGACAACCCCUGUAAACCGUUAACUGCUUUGGAGAUGUUUGUAAAUAACUGAACUACAAUCUUAACAACUUGGAAAACAGCAACCAAACUUUCCCUUGUGGAUACGAGGGAUUUUCUGCCUUAUAUAUACAAUAUAUUUUUUAGAUAUUAAAAUAUAUAUAAUUUUGCAGGUAAUCAUUGACUCUGUUAAACUAUAUUAAGUGUUAAGUUGACAACUGUCCGUGAAGACUAUGUUGUAAAAUAAUUUGACUAAAUAAAUUGUGCCUUCUUCUCUCAGAA